UGUUUUCCUAGUUGAUAUAGCAGCGCUGAAGCCUGAUAGCAGAAGCAGUUGAAGUUGUCCAGAGAGUAACCAUGGCCACCAGCAAUAAACUGGACUCUGGAUCCUCUACGGGAGCUGAGGACAUGUCUUUGGACCGGGAGCAGACCAAAAAGAGAAGAUCUGGUCUACGGUCAUACGUUGUCACUCUGAGCUUCGUACUGCUGUGUAUUCUCGUAACCUCUGUGCGCUAUGACUCUGUGACACCUCGGAAGGGGGGGAGAGAGCACUUAAUGAAUGAACUUGUUGAUUGGACACGAAUCGGCUGGAUUUAUUUCCACAAGAGUUUCUACCUUAUCUCUACUACUAAGAGAAACUGGGCGGCCAGUCGAGACUACUGUCUGCAGAGAAAUGCAGACCUGGUAGUUAUUAACAGCAGAAAAGAACAGGAGUUUAUUAGCAGAUUUAAGGGUCGUUCCUGGAUUGGACUGAGUAAGAAAGAUACAAAUGGGAACUUCAAGUGGGUGGAUGAUACCAACAUGACUUCAAGUUGGGUACGCAAUAAAACACAUCUUGACGCUCCAGCAAAAGACUGUGUAGAAUGGGGUACUAGCUUGUCUGAAGGACCGUGUGACCAACUGCAACACUGGGUCUGUGAGAGGGUCAUAGACCUGGAUCAUCUGGAAGCUGAGCUGAACGAAGCGGCAAUGCCCACGAUGGUGGAGGCCCCCAUCUUCGCAGAGUUCCGCUCCUCGAGCAAGGUGUGCCCGUGGCCAAACGGCCCGCUUCAGCUGCGAUGCUGGCGGCACACCGGAUCCCACAAUCCAGUGGCUCCACAACGCAGGCCCCUGGAGAGGGACGGCACAGACGACCAAUCAGAGGCCUGGCUGGAGAGGGGGUUCCUCUUUGUCAGAGGGGUGAGCUCUGGCGUGACCACGGUCUGCUGCAUGGCGAGCAACAGCGCUGGCACGGCCAAUCGCACCGCUGAGCUGCUUGUCUUUGAUGCCUGUGAACUCCCACUGGACCCAAAAACAGCCAACAAAGAACUCUCUCUGUCUGAGGACAACAGAACGGUGAAGCGGGUUGCAGGGAACCAGUCGUAUCCUGAUCUCCCAGAAAGAUUUGACACCUUGCCCCAGGUGUUGUGUCGAGAGGGUCUGACUGGCUGCUGUUACUGGGAGGUAGAGAGAAACGGAAGUGUUGGUAUAGGAGUGACCUACAGAGGAAUCACAAGGAAAGGAGGGGGUAAUGAUAGCAAGCUUGGAGGGAACAACAAGUCCUGGCUUCUUGAUUGUCUCAAUGAUCGUUACACUGCCCAGUACAACGGUAGUACAACUGACAUAGUUCUCGACCCCUCUGACUCUAACAGAGUAGGAGUGUAUCUGGACCGGCCUGCUGGCUCUCUGUCCUUCUUCAGAGUGUCCCCAGAUGUAAGAGGGUUAGACAUACUGACACACAUCCACACCUUCCAUUCCACCUUCACCAAGGAGGACCUCCUCCCUGGGUUUAGGCUGGAUGUUGAUGCCGCAGUGUCUCUGUUGUAGCCACACACAGACACAGACAAAGACAAACACAUCUAAGAAAACACACACACACACACUUCACCUCUCAAUCUUCUGCUGCUCUCUCUCUCCAUCUUCUGCUGCAUUCUUUCUGUCCCUCUCUCAAUCUCCUGCUGUUAAAUAUUUCAGUUUUUUGCUUGAUUCUUAUACAUCCUCAACUAUACUCCAAAUGCUACAUUUUAUUUGGCAUCGGAAAGGUUUGCAUGAUAAACCACGACGGGAAGAGACUUUUAAGAUAUUCCAUGGGGUUAACUAUACAGGUUAUACAAAGAUGUAAUUUACAAUGUAAAAUGUAUUUUUUUUGAUUUAUAAACCUGUAAAAAUAUCAAAUGUCAAAAUGUCUUACAAUAUUUUGUAUAUUUUCCGACAUAUCCAGUUUUGUACUAGGGGCCUCUGAAAUUUUUAUUUUGACAUGCCUAACAUGGAACCUGACUUAAAGCAGAUUGUAUAUUGUAUUGACAAUGCAAGGGGUCUUUAAUGACUUGAAACCAAAUAAUGAUUCCUUGUGUUAUUUUGGCAACAACACGGCAGUAGAACAUAUUCAGUUAUUAAACAUGUUUGCACACCUUUUUAUGAUUUGAAAUGUCUGCUACUUCUAUUAUUUUAGUCCUAUGGUUUAUUGUGUACAUGUAAGGGAAAACUUUUCUGUUGUACUUGUUAAUAAAGCAUAUGAUGAUAAAGAAG